AUACACACAGUUUUAUUAUAGUAAAAAUAAAGUAAUUACAAUUUUACUACAAAUAUAAUGUUUAAACUAUAGUUGUGAGACCAUAUUUCAUUUUUGAUCAAUGUGAUUUCACUACAAAUAAAAAACUAUUGGUUACUAUAAUUAAACCAUGGUUAAUUUUCGUACGAGUUUAUUAUUUAAAAAAUGUAAAUCCAUAAUUAUAAAACAUCGCUAAUCGUUUUCUAUUUAUACAGUAAUAAAAUAAAACGAACUUUACAAUAAUAAAUACAACAGUUAAAAUAAUAUGUAAACAUUACUGUGUGUGAGCGUAAACAACAAAAGCGUGCAUGCGCAUUUCCGUAUUGGUAGCGUUGCCAUGGAGACGUCACUGCGUUGCUGGCAUGAUAGACGCUUGCUUCCUCACGUUAUUUCUGCAACAACGAAUGAAACUAACCUAAUAACUUAAAAAGGUACAUCUAAUAUUUUACUUUAGUAAGAUUUGUGCAAUGUUUGAUUAACUUUAAAAACAAAAAAUAUUAAGGUAAAAAACGUGAUAAAUGUUAAAAGUUAUAUGCAGUGUUAAGAAAGCUAAAUGCUAAUAUGUUCAUUUGUAUAAACUAAUGCACUGUCUGUCUAUCUAUAUGGGCUUGGCUAUUCCAUAGGUUUCAUCAGAGUUCAAUGUCGUCUGGGGAAAAGAUGCAAGUGACCAGGCCCAAAUCUUCUAAGGGACGAAGCAGACCUAUGAUGGCAAACUUUCAGAAGAUGGAAACACCGGCCCAUUAUCCCACACUUUUGCCCCAACCUCCAACCAAAUCAAAUGACAGGACAAAUCAACACCUUCGGUCCCAAGCUGUUCCCAGAUGCAGGAGUCAACCGAGUACAGAGGUACUGCCUGAAAUCUUUGACAGACCUCCAGAUGAACCUUCCUCCCUCAACAGAUACAGGGUUCUCCCCUCCAUAGAGAAAAAACUGUCAGGAAACCGGUCCAGUUCAGAUGUGGACAGAAAGGCCUCACAGAUGAGUCAGGGUGACAACAGCCACAGGAUUUGUAAGCAACAGUGUGCUUCACAUCUCCCAACAAAAGCUCAGGGCAACGCAAGGAUGAGGAAUGUUUCGAAUAGUCCAAAAACCCCAAAGCAAUCAGUUGUGAUGCCAAAGGGGACAGGGAGUAAAAUGGGUUUAAUGCCUCAAGAUGAACCAGACCUACUGCUUGCUAUCAGAAAUCCAUGCGGUCACAGAUUCAAGUGCAAUUUUCAUCCAACAGAUAAGCUUCAGGCGGUACUAUCAAAGGCAGAGGCUGAAUUUGGGGAGAAUUAUGAGAAUUGCAUCAUUGAGACUAUGGAUGUACCACGCAGGACCUUUACAAACUUGACAAUGACUUUAGCCCAGUGUGGCAUCCUUAACAAAUCAGUUUUAUGCAUUUCACAGGAUGGCAGCAGUAUUGAUUCAACUUGAAAUUAACAGAUGAAUAGUUGUUCAUUUGAUACCUUUGAUUCAUACUUAGAUUUAUGAUACAGUCCGAUCAACAUUUCAUAUCUGCAUUUAUUAAUUAUGUAAUAAUUGUAUGAUGCACAGAAAACAUAUAUAUUUUUGGUAAAAAGCCAAGAUUUUUUUUUUGGGUGAUGUUCUAGUAUCGUGUCAGUCUCUUUAUUGCUGACUUUACAUAAUAAAACCACUUUGUUCUUUAAAGAGCCUGAUUUUUAUCAUUUAUUCAGGUAAAAUGUCAUAAAUAUGCUGUAA